GCAGGACAAGAAUGAAUCUUGUUGUCAGCAGUGAACCAGGAACUCUAAUCUACUCCAUAGCAGUACAGAGGUGGCAGUCAGCAGGCACAUGGGAGUGGAAAACCGGAGCACCAUGGUGGAGUUUGUGCUGCUGGGACUGGCUGAGAGCAUGGUUCUACAGACACUGCUGUUUGUGCUCUUCUUGGCCAUGUACCUGGUGACCCUGUCAGGGAAUGCCGUGAUGGUGCUGCUGAUUGGGGUUGACCCACGCCUCCGCACCCCUAUGUAUUUUUUCCUGUUGCAUCUUUCACUGUUGGACAUGUGCUACUCCUCGGUCACAGUGCCCCAGAUGCUAGUGCAUCUGCUUUCAGUACACAAGGCUUUGCCCUUUGCUCGCUGUGCCCUGCAGAUGUACAUCUUUCUGGCCUUUGGGAUGGCUGAGUGUGUGCUGCUUGCCAUCAUGGCCUAUGACCGAUAUGUGGCCAUCUGCUACCCCCUGCACUAUGGCACCAUCAUGAGUCGGCACCUUUGCAGCAGGAUGGCAGCUGCAGCCUGGGUCAGUGGCUUCCUCAACUCUCUGAUUGUCAAUGGCUUUGCAUUGCAUCUGCCCUACCGGGGCCCCAGUCGUAUCAACCAGUUCUUCUGUGAAGUGCCAGCUGUCAUUAAACUGGCAUCAGCUGACAUCACCACAGCAGAAGUGGUGGUGUUUGUUUUUGGGACCCUGCUACUGCUGGUGCCCUUCCUGCUCAUUGCUGCCUCCUAUGGCCGUAUCCUUGCUGCCAUACUGCUCAUUCACUCAGUGGAAGGUCGCCGCCGGGCUGCUUCCACCUGUGCCUCCCACUUGCUGGUGGUGAGCCUCUUCUAUGGCACAGCUGUCUUUGCCUACAUGAGGCCCACCUCAGCAACCUCAUCUACAGGCCAGGACAAGGCGGUCUCCAUCUUCUACACGGUAGUUACUCCUAUGCUGAAUCCCCUGAUCUACAGUCUGAGGAACAAGGAGGUGAAGGGUGCACUGGGGAGACUUGCCACCAGGAAAAUCUUCACCAAGAUGUGACUGUCAACUCCUGGGCUGCUGGCCUCCUGUGGCCAGGCCUUUUCCCUUCCUCACAGAGAAGACCCUGAGCAGAUCCUGAAUCUGGGAAGGCCCAGGUAUGAAUGGCUGUGCCACUUACCAGGAAGCCUCUGCUUUUGGCACAUUUUCUGACCAAGCAUAGUUUGGAAUUUUCUUCUCUGGUCCACAAAAGACUUGGCAGACAGUAGCUGCAGGACAUCACAGGAUAUGUAAUCUGUGCUGUGCCUGUGCAGCCCUUUUGUCUUGGGCCAAGGGGACUUUUCACAAAAUGAAAUGCUGGCUCCAUUGUCAGCUGACAGGGUCCCAUUCCUCUGCAUGAAAGUUUAGCGUUCCAUUAACCCUGAUAAAAAGAAGCUGUUUGUUUGUUUGUUUUUUUACACAUCUCACCAAAGAGCCUCUCUGGAUGGAAAACAUCUCCUGCAGCAAGUGUGGCCUUAUCUAUGGUUAUUGUAAAAUUCAAUAAAAGGUGAAUUUACACUUA